AUGAACUUAUCAAUAUCACCUUCACUACCACCAUUAUUAUUGGGUUCAUCAAGUAAGGGUAACAACUACAACAACGAAAGUGACGAUAACGACAAUAAAUUCGACAAGUUUCAACUUCAAAGACCUCCUUCAUCGCGACAAAGAAGAAGAUCAAAUAGUUCGAGCAAUAUAUUGGCCUCAACUGUAAACGUAAAGGUGGUUCGUUCUCCUGCAAAGAGGGAUGCAAAUUUCGAUAAUACUUCUAACAAUAAUAAUAUUCAUACAAACGAAUAUCAUAAGUUACAUUCCUCAAGUCGUACAAUACCGCGUCCUCCUAGAUUAGCUUUCGACACAUCCUUUGACACUUCGGUUGACCUAAGGAUGCCAAUGACACCACCUUCAAGACAAGAGUAUAAAGCGCAUCAUCAAAGUUAUCAGCACAUGUUAUCACCAUGUAAUCCAAAUAGUCAUCGGGACUAUCAAGGAUUAACUGGAAAGGAAUCGAGAACAACAAGUUUCAGUAGUACCAAGAGUAAUAAGAGUAAUAAAAGUUCCCUAAGCAUGAAUAAAGUUUUAUCCGCUUUCUAUAAUGAACGUAUAGAGAAACAAUGUAGAAGGGGUCAGCGUCGCAAUCGAUUGACUAGACAAGUAUCAAUGCUACGGAAGGAAAUUGAUGUUGUAAAGAGUUCUUUAGCCGGAUUACAGAAAGAUCACAAGGUAAUGCUAGACGAGAAAAAACAAUUGGAACAACAAUAUCAAGAGGCUAAAUAUGAGGUGACAAAGACCUUGGAGAAUAGUGCCAAUGAUUUGAUGGAAUAUAAUGAAUUAUUAAAUGCCAAGAUGGAAAAAUUAACAAUGGAAUUGGGCGUGAUAUCAUCAACUGACAAUUCUCCCCUUUCUCCCCUUUCAGAUGAUAACGGUAUAAUAAGUGGUGACAAUGGUGAAUGGCCAUUGGAAUAUGAGAACAUUAUGAACAAUUGUGUGCAACAAGCAAAAAAGUUGGAGUAUUUACAAGCUGAACUAGAGAAAUCUAAACGAGAUUUUCGUUUAUUAUUGGACUUUAAAGAAGAAAUUGAAAAAACUUUGGAGGAUAAAGAACGUGAAUAUUUGGAACAGAUUCGACAUUGUGAGGCUGUUACCAAUGGUCAAUCUGGUAUGAUCGAUUCAAUGGAAAAAUUAUUAAGAGAAUUGGAAGAUAAGAUGGAUAAAUUAUUGUUGGAAAAGAGUGGAAAACGACAAGAACGUAUUGGAAAACACAAACAUAAUUCAAGUGCUAUAUCACAUUUAUCUGCGAGUAAUAUAAUAGGUGAAAAACAUGAAAGGAAGCGUGCUCAUAGAGUAUCCGUUGACAUAAAAAAGGGUUCUCCACCAAAUAAUUAUUCGAUUGACAAUUCUCCAAGUUAUACGCCUGCUGAAGAAUUGGUACCUGCAUAUUGUUUGGCUCCUCCACAGACACGUCGUCAAUCAUAUACAAAUCCAAUAUCGUUGUUUACGGACGAGGAACGAAUUCGACAUCAAUCUCGUUUUUGCCUAGCAAAAAGAUGGGUUGAAGAUGAUGAGGUUUCAAUAUGUCAACAUUCUAAUUGUAGUGUCAAGUUUAAUUUAUGGAAUCGAAGGCAUCAUUGUCGGAGAUGCGGUAAUAUCUUUUGUAAUACACAUAGUGCCUAUUCUAUGCUACUGUUUCCCGACGGUAGUGAGGAUUGGGGCGGUGUAUGGUCAAGAGUUUGUGAAGGUUGUUUUUCAGAUACAAAAUAA